UGUGCUGAACGGCUACAAUUAUGAGGCAGUUAAAAUAUAUGGCCAGCUAUCUGGAGCGUGUAAAACAAACUGUGAUAGGAGGCGAAAACAAAUCUGCCUGUUGUGUAGCAGAGUGCCAGUUUCCAGCGUUCAGCAUGUUUAUUUAUUUAUGGCCUUCAAGAAAGAAGGUCUCGGCACAGGCUGGACACCGGGCCACAGUGGUUAUCUUCAUCGCUCUACUGCCGGACGAGGAGGAGAGGGAGGUAUAGGCCACUGCAUUAAUGAUGCAUGGGGACCAGUACGUUCAGUUUAAAGUUCUCCAUGCUCCGUGCAGGCCUGAUCAAAUAUGCAUGAGCUACACCGCAUGUGCAGGCAGCAGCACGUCAAGUUACUUUCCACCUUGGCGGAGGCGCAGCGGCUCACGGCGCGCUUGUAGCAAAGCCAUCGGCAGGCUCUUCUGAAAAACCAUGCUCGAGCCGUCUAACAGCGACCUCCAACAUGUCAGGAUCCGUUAUCACUUUGUGGCGCGCAAUGCCAACGAGCUCACGGUGCAGCAGGGCGAUGAGCUGGAGGUCUUGGAAAACAACCAACAGUGGUGGUUAUUGAGGAACCGCAGUGGUCAGUCAGGCUAUGUGCCAUGUAAUGUGCUGGAAGAGGUCAAACCAGAAGAGCAGCAGUACAACCGAGCAGCUCUAUUCAGCAGCCAGGCUGUGAAUCCUUACAAAGGUACCACCACCAGCCCUGUACCUGUAAAUCACGCCGUGGUUUUGGAGAUGAAUAAAUCCUCCCGGGAUAAAGAUAACCGCGACCAGCAAAAGGAGGUAAACGAUGAGCUGCUGAAGAGGAUAACAGACAAUAAAGCUCAACCUCCGGCUCGAAACUUCCGGGUGGAACGCUCUAGCAGAUCCAUUCGCAUCACAGAUGAAUCGCAGCCCUUUGAGGUCCACGCUUGGCUCAAUGCGAAGGGAUUUUCUAGGCCGGUGGUGGAGUGUCUGGGGAUCCUGAACGGAGCUCAACUCUUCUCUCUGAGUAAGGAUGAGCUGAAAGCUGUGUGCGGGGACGAGGGUUCACGUGUCUACAGUCAGAUCACCGUGCAGAAAGCUCAAAUAGAGAGGGGUAAUGGCGAUACAGAGCUACAGGAGAUCAUGAGGCGACGGCAACAGGAGGUGGACUCAACCUGGGACUGAUUACAGUCAAUCAUGGCCUUAUUUCAUCACGUUUUCUUCAAUGCUCUUGUUCACCCUACAAUCAACAGCCACCCAGAGGAAUUCAGAACAGAUGGACUAAACAACUUCAGUCAUUACUGAACCCCAGUUCAGCCUAUUUCCUUUAUGACCCGUACAAUGUAGUGCUUAACGCUAGUGCUUAAACUGAUGAACAUGAAUGCAUUGGGAGUGAAGUCUUUAACCUCCAUUUAUAGAGAGGAAAAUGAUUUUGAUAGCAGGCUUUGACUCACAGUAUGAUUGAUACCAAUAAAGCCAUGGCUCACAAAUUUAAAAAUAUAUAUAUUUCUGGUAAUAUUAGUUCAUUCCAAAACCCAUUUGCAGUUUUAAAGUAAUAUCUUGGCCAUGUUUGUGGCCAUUUUCACUACUUGUCCCGAUAUCCUUCAACUUAACUGGUGUUUUUUUUAAUGCAUCCUGUCAAAUGUCAUUGCUUCUGAGGUUGAGUAAAGGUUGACAUUUUAAUUUUGGGAUAAACUAUUCCAUUUGUAGCAAGUCCCAUCUGUUUCUGCAUAAAUAAUCAAUGGUAAACAGCAAAAUCAAAUGGUAUUAAGUAAUGCAGUGGAGUACUGUAAUAUUAUCGCAUACUUAAUUCAGAUAAAUGAGCACUUAAAUAUAAAUCUUAAACUGUGUCGUUAUUUAGUUUUCCAUUAUUUUCAGUUCACCCGUGCUUCACACUUCAUUAAGGCAAAUCAGAUCAUGUUUAUUCAUGUUAAUGGAUGAUUAGACUAUUAUUUGUUUCCUUUGCAUCUAAUGAUAGAAAUAAAAGCACAUAGAGAUGUAUUAAAAAACAUUGAUGGUGUGAAUUAUGAUUCAGAACGUGUAUUGUGUCAUUAAACAAAAUAAAGCAAAAAAAUAAACAACUCAUAC